CACACAUCUAAUCGUAACUCUAAUGAUGCUCUUAAGACCAUUAACUAAACACACAUCCCUCAUCUUCUGCUAACUAAAGUCAAAUCCCUUGUCGUUAGCACUGUUUUUGUUUUUGUUCUUCUUUUCUUUUCUUUUUUAUUCAGUAACACAAACGCACCCACUAUCACCUGAAACUUGCUGUUCCUGAACCCUCUCUCAUUUUCUUCUCUCGCAACCACCACCACCAACACACACAAACAUAAGAGAAUUGAGGGAAAAAGAAGAAGAAGAAGAACAAAUAAAAAAAAAAAGAGAGAAAAACUUUUGUUCUCUUUUCGAUGGACCCGAAGUUCAUCGGAAAGCCGCCGGCGACGGUGGACAUAGAGCGGAUGCCGGAGCGUGGGUCCCACCACCGGAGGUCUCACUCCGACACCUCCUUUCGCUUCGCCGCCAACUUCGACGACCUUCUCCUCUUCGACACUUCCGACCUCGACAUCUCCAACCUCCCUUCACCGCUCCCGUCCGCCGGCGGAGGCGGCGGAGUUCCGAUGUCCGUUGAUUCGGACGAGUCCGGUGGGAGGCCUAGGCCGUCGGGUCCCCCCAUCGGCCACCUCCGGAGCUUGUCAGUGGACUCCGACUUCUUCGAUGGACUCGGAUUCGCCGGCGCCGGCGACGAGAAACUUAGCGGGAAGGGCUCCGGCGAGAGGAGGGUGGGUCAUCAUCGGCAUAGCAAUUCGAUGGAUGGGUCUUUGACGUCGUCGUUUGAGGCUGACUCGUCCAUGGUGAUGGCGAUGGUGGACGGUGUGAAGAAAGCUAUGGCCCCUGAGAAACUCGCUGAGCUUUCUCUUAUUGAUCCCAAGAGAGCUAAAAGGAUUCUUGCUAAUAGGCAAUCUGCUGCAAGAUCAAAGGAGAGGAAAGUUCGUUAUACAAAUGAGUUGGAGAGGAAGGUGCAGACUCUUCAGACUGAAGCAACUAAUCUCUCUGCACAGCUUACCAUUCUUCAGAGAGAUACUACAGAGUUGACCACUGAGAAUAAGGAGCUCAAAAUGCGGUUAGAGGCUUUGAAACAAGAAGCACAGCUUAGAGAAGAUCUCAAUGAGGCAUUGAGGGAAGAAAUUCAGCGCCUUAGGGCACAAAAUAGUCAUUUGGGUGCUAUAACUGGUGAUCCUUCUUUUGGUGGGGUGUUCUCCCAGUUGGCCUCCCAGUUUGCCAUGCAACGUUUGACUAAUCCUCCGCCCCAGCAGGCACAACAGCAGCCACAGCAUGGCCAGCCUCCUCCUCCUUCUGAUCACCCUUUCAAUGGGCCGCGCCACCCUAACUUCAUGGACUUCAAUCAACAGAAGUAACUCAUAAUAGCAGCAGUAAAUGAUUGGUUACAGGGAAUAUACAUAUCAUAAGUAACACCUUGUACAUAUAUGUAUGUAAGGUGAGGCUUGUGAUGGUAUCAUUGUGCAGUUCAGGGUCCGUAGUGCUGUGUUGUUUUUUAUCUUCUUCAGUUAUGGGAUAGUAUCGUAUCCUAUUAUGUACUUUCUGCAAUUCUAGCUUAUAAGCACAGCCUUUGAAAUAUAUGUAUUACAGUUCUUGGGUUGAAUCACAGUUAACAUGUAGAAGGACAAGUUGAUAAUAGAUGCUGAAUGAAGUUUAUUAAGCAGUUUCUUGAAUUACAAA